ACAUUUCAUUUUUCAUUAAACUUUAUUACAUACACUUUCUCUCUAAUUCAACCAAUCUAAAUUCUCUUUCUCCAUAUUCUUCUUUGCCUUCUUCUUUUCCUUCAAACAUGAGAAACGAUUCUCCUUAUACACCUCUUCUCAAUAAUGGGUCCCACCACAAUAACCGUAAUAAACAGAUUCAUCUCAUCGUUUUUGGAUUCUUCUUAUUAGCUUCGUUAAUCACGUUUAGUGGCUACAUAGCCUCUAACAACAACGUAGUAUCUGUUGUUCCUCAUGCUGACGUGUCAUUUUCCGAUGAAGUUACGAAACCAAACACGGUUGUUUCUCGAGGUGUUUCCGCUGGUGUGUCGGAGAAGUCAAAUAUGUUUCUCUCCGCUGCUGGUGGUAAUAAGGUUGUUGGAGAAUCUGAAUCUUUUCCUUGGAAUAAUACUAUGUUGUCGUGGCAAAGAACAGCUUUUCAUUUUCAGCCUGAAAAGAAUUGGAUGAAUGAUCCUAACGGUCCUAUGUACUACAAGGGAUGGUACCAUUUUUUCUACCAAUACAAUCCAAACGGCGCAGUUUGGGGCGACAUAGUUUGGGGGCACGCUGUAUCAAGGGACAUGAUCCAUUGGCUUCACCUUCCGCUAGCAAUGGUGGCGGAUCAAUGGUAUGAUAGUAACGGUGUUUGGACAGGCUCUGCUACCCUCUUACCUGACGGUCAAGUCAUCAUGUUAUAUACUGGUUCGACCAACGAAUCAGUGCAAGUUCAAAACCUUGCAUACCCUGCUGAUCUCAAUGACCCUCUUCUCGUUGAUUGGAUCAAAUACCCUUCCAAUCCGGUUCUCGUCCCUCCACCAGGCAUUCUUCCAAAGGACUUUCGUGACCCAACAACUGCGUGGCUCACCUCCGAAGGAAAAUGGCGCAUCACCAUAGGCUCCAAGCUUAACAAAACUGGCAUUGCUUUGGUUUAUGAUACGGUCGAUUUCAAAACCUAUGAGCGUAAAGAGAAUUUGCUUAAUGCUGUUCCUGGCACCGGUAUGUGGGAGUGUGUGGACUUCUUCCCCGUUUCUAAGAAAUCUGAAAAUGGUUUGGAUACUUCCUUUAAAGGGGAUGAUGUUAAGCAUGUGAUGAAGGUGAGUUUGGAUGAUGAUAGACAUGAUUAUUAUGCAUUAGGGACUUAUGAUGAGAAGAAGGUUCAGUUUAUAGCUGAUGAUCUUAAAAAUGAUGUUGGUAUUGGAUUGAGGUAUGAUUAUGGUAUAUUCUAUGCUUCCAAGACAUUUUAUGAUCAGAAAAAGGAUAGGAGAGUGUUGUGGGGUUGGAUUGGAGAAUCUGAUAGCGAAUACGCUGAUGUCGCCAAAGGUUGGGCUUCAGUUCAGAGCAUUCCAAGAAUCGUGAAGCUUGAUAAGAAGACUGGUAGCAACUUACUUCAAUGGCCUGUUGCAGAAGUCGAAAGUUUGAGAUUAAAAAGCGACGAAUUUAAAAACUUGAAGGUCAAGCCCGGAGCAGUAGUGUCACUAGAUAUUGAAACUGCCACACAGUUGGACAUUAUAGCUGAGUUUGAGAUAGACAAGGAAGCUCUAGAGAAAACAGGUGAAUCCAAUGUAGAGUAUGAGUGCAGCACUAGUGGAGGAGCUUCUAAACGUGGUGCCUUAGGACCUUUUGGUCUUUAUGUUUUGGCAGAUGGUGAUCUUUCUGAGUACACUCCUGUGUACUUUUAUGUUGUUAAAGGAAGCAAUGGAAAACUUAAGACUUCUAUCUGCUCUGAUCAAUCAAGAUCUUCUCUUGCAAAUGAUGUUCAUAAACAAAUCUAUGGAAGUGUAGUUCCAGUACUUGAAGGAGAAAAAUUGUCCUUAAGAAUACUUGUGGACCAUUCUAUAGUUGAAAGCUUUGCUCAAGGUGGAAGGACAUGUAUAACAUCAAGAGUUUAUCCAACAAGAGCAAUUUAUGGAGCUGCUAAAUUGUUCAUAUUCAACAAUGCUAUUGAGACUAAUGUCACUGCCUCUCUCAAAGUUUGGCAGAUGAAUUCUGCAUUUAUAAGACCAUACCAUCCUGACCAAAAGAGAUGAACAAAUUAAAAUUGGAGACACAAAAUCACAAGGAUAAAUUAAGGGGGAGAUAUUUUUGGUUGGCAAGUUGUGCUCAACAACUGUAGUGAUCCAAACAUCAACCCAUAUUCAAUGUUGUGGGCUUUUUGUACAAUGGUUGUUCCCCAAUUUUUGUCCAAUUAUUUUUUAGAAUAUUUUCAUUGUAAUUUUGAUCUCCCUGCAUGUGAUUAUAUUUGCAAGAGAUUGAUCUGUUUAUUGAAGAAAUAUGAUGUUAAUGUUCUGCA